AUGGAGUGGAUGGCUUGGUGCAAACCAUCACAGCCCUCGCCGUUGACAGUCGUUGAUACCGCCGGUUCUCCUCAGCCCAACAAUUGCCACGAUGCGUUUCACCUCACUUCUGAGUUUGGCUCUGCCAGCCCUUGGUAUGGCCCAGGUACGCAGACCGUCCCUGUCCAGCUGACAAACCCCAGCUGCCACUUCUGCAUUGGCACCCCACUAACCAAGACUGCUCUUCGACAACAGAGUGCCAGCACAACCUUGGCUACAUCCACCACCGCCGCAGCACCCACAGCGACCCCAGACUACUUGGCCAUCUGCGAGUCAGAAGCCGGUAGCUACGCGGACAGCUGCCCGCAGUGCCUGUACCGGUGCAUUGGCUCUUCAUAUGUUGAGCAGUGCUACGAGAGCACUUUCUUCAGUGUCAACGGCAUCCAGUCCCAGUGCUGGCAACAUGGUGGUCAGAACUGCAGACAGCAGGCCCUUGCUGCUGUCUGCCCUGGCCCUUCCACAAGCUAG